AUGAAACCAACACCAAAUGUGGAAACAACACCCUUUGAAUAUUUCAAAUUGUUUGUAAGUGAUUAUAUGUUGAACAGCAUCACAAAUGAAAGUAAUAUUAAUAUUCUGCAAUCAAAAGGUUCAGAGAAAAAUAUCUCAAAAAAGGAUAUUGAGAAGUUUAUAGGUGCUUAUCUCAGAAUGGGUUUGGUAAAGCUUCCAAGUCAAAGAUCAUAUUGGGAGAUAUUUAUGACCUACAACGUAGUUUCUUCUCUUAUGGGUAGAAAUAAGUUUGAAACUAUACUUCAAAAUAUUCAUUUUGUAAACAACUUGGAAAUAUGUAAGGAAGAAAAAGCAGAUGACCUUGUAUGGAAGCUACGAACAUGGAUAACAGAGCUACGGAAUAACUUUCAAAAAGUUUCACCGGAAGAGUUCCAUGCUGUUGAUGAGAAUAUGGUUCCUUUUAAAGGAAAGUCUCUUUUGCGUCAGUACUUGCCAAAAAAGCCCCAUAAGUGGGGAUUCAAGCUUUUGGGUCGGAGUGGCAUUUCAGGCUUUUUGUAUAACUUUGAUAUUUAUCAAGGGAAGUCAAAAAACAAUUCGGAUACAAGUUUAGGUGUCAGUGCAGAUGUUGUAAUUUAUAUGACUUCUUCACUUUCUGAUAAACACAAUUUUAAAGUCUUUGCUGACAACUACUUCACAAGCUUGCCCCUUAUUGUUGAAUUGAGGAAACGUGACAUCUAUUAUGUAGGAACAAUUAGAGAUAAACGAAUGAAGAAAUACCCAUUAUUGCCCAUUAAAGGAUUUAAAAAAUUGUAUACACAUGUGGUUGCAGUUCGCUGGUAUGAUAACAAACCAGUAAAUUUAGUUACUUCAUAUGUAAGCAUUGAACCACUUCACACUGUUCGUUCAUAUGAUCGUUCGUUAAAAAAAAAGAUUGAUGUAAAACAGCCCAAUAUUGUUCAUGUAUAUAACCAAUACAUGGGGGGCAUAGAUAAGUUAGAUAUGAUGUGUGCGUUAUACAAGCCAAGAUUAAGAACACGAAGAUGGUACAUUUAUAUUUGGUUUCAUACGAUUCAAAUUGCUGUUGUUAAUGCAUGGUUUUUGUACCGACGCGAUUUAAAGAUUUGUAGACCCGAUACUAAAUUUAUGCAAUUGCAAUGCUUUAUUGCAGAAGUUGCAGAGAGUCUGAUCAAAGUAACAUCAUCUCGUGGGAGACCAUCUUUAGAUAAUAUUACACAACCUCCUAAAAAAUUUGCUCGGGUUCAAGGAAAUCCUUCCAAUGAUGUAAGAAAGGAUGGUUUUGAUCAUAUGCCAAGUUACAAUGAAAAAAGACAGAGGUGUUUGUUCUCUUAUAUGUACUAUGUAAUCAUUACUAUGUCUAUAAUAGAUCCAUUACCAAGUGGUUACAUUAAAGUAAUCGUAUAUAAUCUGCUUAUGUCAAAGUUUUCACUACACCAAAGAAUUGAUCAUUAUAAUUCAAUAUUCGGCUGUCAAAAAAAUAAAUUUGCUGUCUCUCAUGACAUCCAACGUCGAAAUUUUCCUAAAAUUAAAGCAAAAAUAUGCUAUCUGUCUAAAGGACAUAGUGCAAAAAAAAAAAAAGAAAUUGAUCAACACAUUCUCUUUAAACGCAUGGAAUAA